UAACAUACAUCAAAACACUAAAAGUUCCAUUAAAAAAACAUGAAUUUGGACUGUUUCACAAUGGUAUCGAACGAUGUCGUUGAGUUUCGUUCGACUUGGCGCACCGGAGAAAAACCGGUACUGGUAGACAGUGCCAUUGGGACGGAUCCGCCGGUGCCGAAGAAAGAUGUAUCGGUCGAUGUCCUUGAGCGCAAGGAUAUUGCGAUUCAAACCGAAACAUUUUCUCGAAAUGCGGACACAACAUCGGACGAUGUUAAGCUGUCUAAUUGGUUGAAGAGAAUAUACCCCUUAGUGGAGGAAGAGCUUUCAUCUGGUAUUAGUGAGGUGUAUGACAUAAACGACAAUUAUGGUGAUCCAGCUGGUAAACCAACCAUUCGCAAACAUCAAGAACUGCUGCUACGGAAACUCAAUCCGGACAUGGAUGCACAACCAAAUUCAGUUAGGCUAAACAUGGGUGCUGCAACGUGGCUUUCGGUGCUGACACGUGAUGCGCCAUUGCUUGCGUUAGCUUGUGGAUCGCACCACGAGGCAUGGUGCGAGCACACUUAUUCAACCGUAACGGUUUUCACACCCAAACGUGAUACGUAUGGAUCGAUACAAUGGACGGAGUUUUGCAGCAGUCCCGUUAAAGCUUGUAUUGAAACAUUGGAAACGAAUCCAUUUAAUAAGGACAUGUUUGCUGGAGGAUCUGUUUCUGGUGACAUAUACAUUUGGCAGUACGAAACUAAUAUGAAAAGUGAACAGAAUUCGAUUGUCGAACUUUUCUCGGAAACAGCGGACUACGGUCGAAUAGUCGAUUUGGCAUGGAUCAAGUUCAAUCCGAUGACCAAGGAUGUUGGACUGCUUUCGUGUCAUAGCGAUGGAAUUGUCACUCUGUGGAAAACUGGGAAAAUAAUCGGAAAAGAUAAAACGUUCUACGUGGCAUCAGCAUCGUAUGCUCGGAAGUCAAUAAUUUUGACUCAAAUUCUAACAAUAUCCAAUUCAGAAUUCGUUGUCGGAACAGCAGAUGGAAGCAUACUGUUGUGUUCGAUGGCUCAGUUGAACCCGAUUGGAGGUUCCGGUGGUGUUGGGUUUUCGAAAAAGAAUUCCUUUGCCCCGGCCAUAACCGAGCUAAAAUCUCACUCCUUCGCUGUCACCAGCCUGCUUAAAGUUGAGAACUCGCGGCAGCAGUUUCUGAUCAGCUGCGAUCUGACCGGAGAGGUUUAUUUCCACGACAUCACCGAUGCUGUAAAUACCGCUCCAACGGUUAUAAUAAAGCUGCCGUUGCCCUUCAAAAAUCGCAUAAUUUGUACCGAGGAUAUGCGUUUCAUGAUGAGCCCAAGCAACGAUGGAGUUCUGGAAGUGUUUCAGGUUGACAGUGGGCUGGUCGAUGUGAUGGAGGAAAGUGGAAUGCGAGGCAAACCGUGUCUUAUUCGGAGCAGUUCGAAUGGAAAAUGGCUUCUUACCGGACCGUAUGAUGGAGGUUUUAUAAUAUAUUCAAUAAACAAAGAUGAAUAAAUUAAAGAAGCUAAAAAAUAUUGCUAAGUUCCUAC